AUGGGGACCCUCCCCUAAUCCACCCUCUGGGCUGAGCCAGGCCCUGUGAUCCCUGAUGGGAGCCCUGUGACCAUCUGGUGUGGGGGGACCCUGGAGGCCCAGAAGUUGGAUCUAUACAAGGAAGGAGAAUGUGUGCUUUGGAACACACGGACUCAAAGGAAGUCCACAAACAAGGGCAAGGUCUCCAUCACACACAUGACAGAGUAGGAUGCAGGGAAAUACACCUGUUACUAUUAUAGCCCCACUGGCUGGUCAGAGCGCAGUGACCCCCUGAAGCUGGUGGUGACAGGAUCAUACAGCAAACCCAGCCUUUCAGCCCUGCCAAGCCCUGUCGUGCCCUCAGGAAGGAAGGUGACCCUCCACUGUAGCUCAGGGCAUGGAUUUGACAGGUUCAUUCUGACUAAGGAAGGAAAUCUUAGUCUCUCCUGGGCCCUGGACUCAGAGCCACACCCCAAUGGGCCGGCCCAGGCCCUGUUCCCUGUAGGCCUGGUGAACCCAAUUCACAGGUGGAUGUUCAGAUGCUAUGGCUGUUACAGGGACAGACCCCAGGAGUGCUCACCCCUCAGUGACGCCCUGGAGCUCAUAGUCCCAGGUGAGUCUGGGAAGCCCUCUCUUCUGAGCCAGCAGGGCCCCAUCGUGGCCUCUGACCAGAACCUGACCCUCCAGUGUCGCUCUGAUGUCGGCUAUGACAGAUUCGCUCUGCACAAAGAGGGGGGACGGGACCUCCCCCAGAGCCUUGUCCUGCAGCCCCAGGCUGGGCUCUCUCAGGCCCACUUCCUCCUGAGCAAUGUGAGCAACUCCCACGGGGGCCGGUACCGAUGCUACGGUGGAUACAACCUCUCCUCUGAGUGGUCAGCCCCCAGCGACCCCCUGGACAUCCUGGUGGCAGAAUGGCUGUCUGACAGACCCUCCCUCUCGGUGCAGCCAGGCUCCAGGGUGGUCUCAGGAGAGAAGGUGACCCUGCUAUGUCAGUCACGGAGACCGAUGGCCAUGUUCCUUCUGUCCAUGGAGGGGGCAGCAGAUCCCCCCCUGCGUCGGAGAUCAGAGCACCGAGCUCAGCAGUACCAGGCAGAGUUCUCCAUGAGUCAUGUGACCUCAGCACACAGGGGCACCUACAGGUGCUAUAGCUCACACAGCACCUCCCCCUUCCUGCUGUCACACCCCAGCGAUCCCCUGGAGCUCCUGAUCUCAGGUGAGGGCCCCUGACCCUGUCUGCUGAGCUGUCCGCUCAGGGUUCCAUCCCCACGAGAAUGAUGGGCUGAAAGGAGAGUGAGGGGCUCUAGGGAUGGUCACCCAGAGGAGAUCUGUCCUUUAGAGG